GUACUUCCCCAACGGCGGUUACACGGACCCCCGGUCAACUGGGGAGACCAAGCUCAUCAGCACCAGCGAGUACCUGAACCGCGUCAACGGCGGAGGCGGCGGUGGCGGCGGCGGCAAUGGGGCCGGCGGCGGCUCAGGGGGUGGGUGGUAUGGGGGUUCCGGCUCCAGGAACGCGCAGUAUGGGAAGAAGAAGUGA